UUGCAAGCGUCCACAGAGACAAGCACAACCCAACGACCGACGAACCGAGCGAACGAGCGCGAUGGUCGGCGACUGGAGCGGCUUUGUCUUCAAGCAGGGCGCGCUCAUCAAGUCCUGGAAAAAGCGGUUCUUAGUCGUGCAGGGCCGCCACGUCACGUACUAUGACCGCAGCGUGCACGAGCCGAACCCGCGCGAGAAAGGCAGCCUCGUGCUCGUCGACGUGACGCAAAACUUUGGCUUGAAGAACGGCCUCGUGCUCCACGACGUCAAGGGCCGACAGAUGAAGAUGUAUACGCUCAGCGCCACCGACUUGGACGAGUGCUUCACGGCGCUCCAGGCCGCGUGCGGCGCCAAUGCGAGACCGUCGCUCCUCGAUGUGCGGGCGUCCUCGAUUGCCUCAGACCGAGCGUCGCUUGUCGUGCGUCGAGAUACGCACGUCGGCGCGCCGGUCGUCUGUGUCGUCGAUGGCGGCGGGACGACAAUUCAGCGCGGCUGGCUCUACAAGGAAGGCCAGCGCGUGCGCAAUUGGAAGCGCCGGUUCUUUGUCUUGACAGGCGACCACGUCGCGUACUUUGCCAAACAAGGCGAGAACCCCAAGGGCGAAGGCCGCGUGUGUGGCGUCUCGCUCGACAUGCACAAGCCGCUCGGGAUGCUGCUGCAGCUCGACGCCAACGACCGCGUCUUGCGCGUCGCGGCAGAAACCAACGACGCGCUCGCGCGGUGGCACGCGGCCUUUACGGCCUGCGUGCGCACACUGCCCAAGCCGCGCCUUUGCGGGUACCUCCUCAAGAAAGGCCGGACGGUCAAGGCGUGGCGGAAGCGCUACUUUAGCAUUGACGGCGUGAGCAACCAGCUCUCGUACAGCGACGCCGACGGCGCGCCGCCAAAGGGAUUCGGCCACGUCGUCGACGUGUGCGUCAACACGAAGCGGCCGUUCGCGCUGUACAUUCACUUGGCGAGUGGCCGGCGGCUCGCCGUGGCAGGAAGCACGCAAGCCGAGGCCGACACGUGGCUAGCCGUGCUGGAAGACAUUGCUGCCGACGUGCCAAUGCAGUGCGUGGACGGCAGCCACAUGGGCUGGCUGCAAAAAGAAGGCAGCGGCGUCAAGUCGUGGAAGCGGCGCUUCUUCACCCUCCACGGACGGUCCCUUGUGUACCGCAAGUCGCUCGACAGUGCGCCGCUGGGCGACGGCGUCGUGACGGCUGCGACGCCAGGGACAGCGCGGGCGUUUGCCAUCGACAUUGCAUUGGCGUCCGGACGGGUCCUCGUCGUCGCCGCCAACUCGGCGCGCGAUCGAGAGCUGUGGUUGUCGGCGCUGGCAGUCGUCACCGGCCAUGUGCUUGUCCUCGAUGGCGUUGCGUGGACUCGGCGGUUCGCGGUCCUCGAGGGCCCGACGCUUUGCAUCUACGACUCGGACCAGAUGACAGCCGGCGUGAUGCAAGGAGACGUCAUGCACGUCAGCGACGACGCGUCGUGGAGCGCCGAGGUGACGCUCUCGUCCGGCCGGCAGGUUGUCUUGGCCGCGGACGGCGACGCCACAAUUGACGCGUGGCGCACGGCCCUGCGCGCUGCGAUGACGGCUGCGGACACCGUGGUCUCGAGUGCGUCGUGGUCGACGUUGGAUGCGGACGAGGACAAGAGCAGCUCGUCGGACGACGCUGUAAUCCCGCUCUUGAGCCACAGCGACUUGACCGACAUCUUCAACACGAGCGACUUGGCGUUGCUCGAUACGAGCCCCUCUAACUUAAUGGACCUUCUCGACGCCCGCAGCAACGACGACGACGACGACUCUGUGGCGUCCGUCAACGGUAGCGAUCCGCGAUGCGCGAUGCAGCGACAGGGCAGCGUCGAGUCGACGUACUCGGAGUUUGAAGACUGAGGCGAUCGGACCGUGUUUGUAGUCGUAAUAGUAAAUGUAAGAAAUCGGACCAUCCUGUGCAGCGGCGACUUAGCAGCAGCCGCCGCCCGCGUUGGCAUGUGGCGCG